AUGGGGGUGAAAGUUGCUACAACUACAUGUUUUCAAUGGUCCCAGCCAAUAAUUCAUCAUUCACCAUCUUCCUCUCAAACUCUAGCCUCUGCAAUUUCAUCUCCAUCUUCAAAACGACAGCGUCGUUUCGAUGGAGCUGGAGGUGGUAUGCUCGCGUGUAGAUACGUACAGAGACUAGACCGAUGUGCUCUGUUUGGAACUCCAUUAACAACGAAGAUACAGAGGACUCGUUCUUGCGAGUUUCAGAAAUCAAGAGGUCAGACUAUAAAAAGAGCUAGCAGUGCUAGCUUGGAUGCCUUUUCUGACGAAGAAUUUUCCAAGAAAAUUCAAGAAUUGGCUCACAGACUCCAGCUUUCUGACGAUGAUGACAAUAGCAGUGACGCAGGGGAUUCGGAAUCAGAGAUUCUUUCUCAUUCUGGAGAAGACUUUGGCGGUAUUAAUGGCGGCGGCAUUUAUAAUAACUGUAUGAGUGAUGAUUCGUCAAAUCUAGUGCAGGAACAAAGGCAGUUUCCUUUGGAUUCAGUGGAGCUUCCGUGGCCAGAAAUCCGGCAAGAGCCACCGGAUUGGUCAGGGAAUGAUGAUAUAAUUCCAGCAAGUAUUGAACGGAAGGCGAAUAGUGUUGAUCUUCCGCUCUCGCUUCGAAUGAUAAAGAGAAAGAUGCAAUGGCAAGAAGGGUUCAGAGAAGCAGGGGAAUCCGCUUAUUGUUCAGUGAAGAAGGCGUUUUCUUCUAUGGUGUUUAUAAUUCGAGAACUUCAUAGUCAUAGUUUGCAAAUGAGAGAAUUUCUAUUCACUGAAGAUUUGCAAGGCAUUAUUGUUCGUGUGCAGAAAGAAAUGCAUGCUUCUUUUGUUUGGUUGUUUCAGCAAGUGUUCUCACAUACACCUACCCUUAUGGUGUAUGUGAUGAUUCUCCUUGCAAACUUUACUGUAUAUUCCAUGGCCAAUAACACUGCACUUGCAGCUCCACCGAAUGCAGGGUCUUAUGCAGCUACAACAGAGAGUAUAUCUGUUGUUGAGAUCCAAGACCAAAAGAAUCAAAAGUUUGAUUCUUCAUCAGUAAAGACGUUUUUGGCAUCAUCUUCAAGUGGUAAAACAACUGCAAUUGGGGGCAAUAAUGGGGGUGGUGGAAAGGUCCGAUCAGCUGCCAGUGGCACCGAAGGCGAUGGAUGGUUCGAUCAGUCGAACCAAUUUAGAACAAUUCUCCCUGAUGGGGCUUCUCAAUUGCCAUCUUUAGGGACAUCAAGAGAGGCAGAGUCAGUAUCAGAGCAAGCGAGUAGAGAAGAGGACUUGAGUCUAUGGAAUUCAAUUGUGGAGGAAGCUUCAAAAAUGCAAUCUUCAUCGAGAGACGAAUCUCUUGAUCAUGAAACCAUGCAGAGAUUUGUUUCACCUAUUAACGCCAAGAUUGAGGCAGAUGAUUAUGCAGAGUAUUUUAGAACAGAUUUACUAUAUCAGAUGGGAUUGUCUCAAGACCCUAACAAUCCUCUCCUCCUUGCCAAUUAUGCUCAAUUCCUCUACACGGUUGUCCACGAUUAUGACAGAGCAGAGGAAUACUUUAAGAAAGCAACAGGGGUGGAGCCACCAGAUGCAGAGGCGUACAGCAAGUACGCAAGCUUUCUAUGGCAUGCGAGGAAGGACUUGUGGGCAGCUGAGGAAACUUUCUUAGAAGCCAUUUCUGCUGACCCUGCAAACUCUUAUUAUGCUGCUAAUUAUGCUCAUUUUCUUUGGAACACUGGUGGAGAGGACACGUGUUUCCCUCUUAGCACCCCAGAUAAUGCCCAAGAAGUUUAA